GUGGAUUACCAAGAGUAGUGUCGGUACAUAAACCAUUAUUUUGAACUUGUAACGGACUGUUUGAAGGCAUUUCAUAAAUCGGAGAGCAAGAUGGAAUGGCUGUUGGGUUUUCUGUUAGAACACAACCUCUUCACUACAGUCAUUGUUGUGAUGAUUGGGUUAUGGCUGUAUGCAUACUUCACCUGUGGAGUCUGCAAGAGUAAAGCCAGGAUGGAUGGGAAGACUGUCAUCAUUACUGGUGCUAACUCAGGUAUUGGUAAGCAGACAGCCCUAGACUUGGCUAAGAGAGGAGCAAGAGUAAUACUGGCGUGUCGCAACUUAGAAAAAGCAAACGCUGCCAAAGAUGAAAUAAGCCAAGCCACAGGCAGCAAAAAUGUGAUAGUGAAGCAACUUGAUGUGAGCUUGUUGAGUUCAGUCAGGAGGUUUGCUGAGGAGAUAAACAAGUCAGAGAAGAGACUUGAUGUGUUGAUUCACAACGCAGGAGCAGCUGUGAGAGGUCGUAAUGUCACUUCGGAGGGACUACAGACAGUCUGGGCAACCAACCACUACGGACCCUUCCUCCUUACACAUCUACUGAUUGAUCUAAUGAAAAAGACUGGAAAGAGUAGAAUCAUAUUUGUAUCAUCAUAUUUGCACAACUAUGGUUGUUUGCACCUGAAAACCCCUAACCCAACUGAAGAAACAUCAAAUCGCAUUCUUUACCAGAACACUAAAUUUGCUAGUGUGAUGUUUUCUAACGAACUGGCCAGACGUUUGGAAGGAACAGGUAUCACUGCCAACUCACUUCAUCCAGGAGUAAUUUUUACCUCAAUUUGGGCUGACAAUCCUUGGUACAUGUUAUUGUUCGUUACUGUAUUCAAUUUGUACUUUAAGAGUGAAGAACAAGGGGCCCAAACAACUAUAUACUUGGCAGUAUCAGAAGAAGUAGAAGGUGUAUCUGGAAAGUAUUUUUAUGAUUGCAAGGAACACUUGCCUGCAAAGAAGUCAAGAGAUGUUGAAUAUGCAAAGAAGUUUUGGGAAGUGUGUGAAGAAGUUGUAAAACUGAAACCAACAGAUCCCCAUAUAUAGGAAGUAUCAGCUUGCAGUAGUUGAGGAAGAAACUGGGAGAAUAAAGACUGUCAUAAAAUAUUUCUCAGCCAAAGUUCCAAGACAUGCAAUAAGUGUACAUAUAUUUUGCUACAUUAAAACUAUAUGUUUUGGUUUCCCAUGAAAA